AUGGCCCCCAAAAUCCUUGUCGUCCUUACCUCCCACGACCAACUCCCCAAUGGCCACCCGACUGGAUGGUACCUGCCUGAAUUCGCCCAUCCCUGGGAGGUUCUGCACGACAAAGCUGAGCUGGUCAUCGCCUCGCCCAAAGGAGGCGAAGCUCCACUCGACCCCAGCUCCGUGAAGAUGUUCGAGAACGACCCGGUCUCGACCAAAUUCCUCAACGAGCAGUCGGCGCUCUGGAAGAACACGCACAAGCUGAGCGACUUUGUCUCUCGCGUUUCGGAGUUCGAUGCUAUCUUCUACGUGGGAGGACAUGGCCCCAUGUUCGACCUGCACUCCGACCCUGUCUCCCUCGCCCUGAUCCAGUCCUUUGCGGCCGCCGGCAAGCCCGUCAGCGCCGUCUGCCACGGUCCGACCGUCUUCCUCAAGGCCACGACUCCCUCGGGCGAGCCCUUGAUCGCCGGCGCCAGCGUCACCGGCUUCUCCAACACCGAGGAGGACCAGGUCAACCUGAGCUCGCUGAUGCCGUACAUGCUGGAGACGGAGCUCAACAAGGUCAGCGGCGGCGGAUACGUCAAGGCCGACCAACCAUGGGGCGAGAAGGUGGUGGUGUCCAAGACGGCGGGCUCAGGGGCGCCCUUGAUUACGGGCCAGAACCCGGCCAGCGCGACGGCGGUUGGCCAGGCACUUGUGCAGGCGUUGGGAUUGUAA